AUGGGCCCAAUUACCCCUAGUAAAUCUGGAUCAAAAUAUAUUCUCGUGAUCCAGGAUCUUUUCACCAAGUGGAUAGAGGUUUUUCCGCUACGAAGUGCAACGGGAAGAAAGAUCAGGGAAGUCAUCGAACGAGAUGUGAUCACCAGAUGGGGAACACCACGCUUUUUCUACUCAGACAACGGCCUGGAGUUCGUAAAUAAGGACAUAAAGGCCCUAGCGAAGGAAACAGGAAUGACCCUACAGAAUACUCCACCCUAUCACCCCCAGGGUAAUCCAGUGGAAAGGGUCAACAGAGUGCUGAAGAUGAUGCUGAGAGCCUUCACGGAUGAUGAUCAGCGCGAGUGGGAUCGUCAUCUCCACGAGUUUCGCUUCGCUUACAACACCGCAGUUCAUAGCCCUCUAAAAGCAUCUCCGGCUUUCGCAAAUUUUGGGAGAGAACCUCAAAUUUCAGCAUCACUGAGACGAGAGUUAGAGGGAGAAAUAGCGCCCAUCCCAUGCGACCCCCAGGAAUGGGUUGAGUGCAUGAAGAGAUUGGAGACGCUACGAAAAGUCUUUAAACAUGUCCUGAGGGAAGCCCAGGACAGGCAGGCCCACUACUACAACCUACGACAUCGAAGAAGAGAAUUCGAAAUUGGAGAGUUAGGGCUCCGAAGGACGCACACUCUUUCCAAUGCAGCCAAGAGGUUCUCAGCAGCUUUCGCAAGGCCCUUCGAUGGCCCGUAUGUGAUCGAGAAAAAAUUGUCGAGCACGCGAUAUGAGCUGGGUGAUAAGAGGCUGCCUAGGGAGGCGCCGAAGGAGAAAAAGAAGAAGAGAGGGGUCAAGGACAAGAGAAAGGACACCGGGGAAGUAGGAGUGAAGACCCAGCCAACCCUGUUGGAGGAUCCCAGGCGGGUUCCCGAGCACCCGCCAAGUCAACUCCUCGAGGAAGACCCUGAACCCCAAGUAGUCCUGGUUGUUCAAGAAGAUCCGACAGAGAAGUCAGCACUCUUGAACACCGAGAAAACUCAGGAGGCCCCCCACAAAAUCAUUCCCACUCCCCUCGAGGGAAUGGAGACUGACGCCCCAACAUCUGAUUCCCUGAAUGACCUGGGGAAGUAUUCAGGUGAGCAGAACAAGCCUAGCUCCCUGAUGACACUUCCAACCACUCCAGUGGCCCCAGGGACCCCAAAAGGAAAUGAGAGUAGCUCACAAGGGCAAAAUCAACUUCUGGAGGGGGAAAGUGGGAAAGUCCCAGCAAACGGACAACAGUCUAGCCCCAUGGAGAUCCAGGAAGAGGAUAGAGAGAUAGCUGCAGGUAAGCAGGUCACACCUAGCCCCCUGUCAGCCCCAUCUAUAAUCCCAGGUGAGCGGAGUGAAGCCAGCUCCCUGGACAACUCUAACCCUGAGCAAACGGGUGAGAAGGAAUUGACAUCUGGUGAGUCAACACCAUCGAGCUCCCAGUACUCCUCCGCGGAGACCGUCCAGGAUACCAUUCCCAGUGACCCUCAACCCCGAGACCAAGCCACAAGUUCCCCACGUCCAAGGGGCCGACACAUCAAAGCGUCCAGAAGGUCUCCAUCGAAGCAGCCCCGGGAGCUGGAUUCCUCGGUGUGGCGCAAGUUGGAGCCCUACAAGGACUCCCUGUGGAGGCUUGACAGGAAGCUACCAGGACUCAUUCGGGCUCUGAAAGGCACCUUGCGCCUGGCUACCGGCAGGAUUAGAGUGCCUCAAUUUCUGGAGCCUAGCACCAGUGGCGGCUCAAGCAGCAGUAGCUCGAGCUCCAGCAGCAGUAGCAGCAGUGAAGACAGCCCCUCCGACAACUCCACUACAUCACGCUCACCGAGGCGGGACCGGGAGAACUCAACAGACUCCCGGGGGGAGAAGUUGGAGUGUGAGCAUCGUGCUAGCGCCCAGAUAGCGGAAGCCCAGCCCAUUAAAGAGGGAGAAGAGACCCCAACGACAGAAGUCGCCUCAUCUCAACCGGCUCCGCGCCUCCGAGAUGUUCACCGACCGAAACAGCCAGAAGGACGCCCAGAAAUCCAGGUCUCAAUCCCUCUUAACCGCCUACACACAAUGACGUUGAGUGAGUUCAAGCCCCCGAACUCCUCGACCCCAGAGGUCGACUCAAACUCCGAUCUCCUCCUGAUGGACGUGACGGAGGACGACCGACAGCUGGAGGUACUCACCGGAGCGUCGAGUAGUGGAGGGGCACUCCCGAAGCCAGUAGCACCCCCAGCUUAUCAAAACCCGGGACCCGCAGCGUCUACGGGAGCCAUCAGGAAACCCAGGACCUUGGUGGACUCCACGACCGCCACGACAGGGUCCUCAGCUGAGAGGGCCGCCCCCGGGGUAGUACCGCCUCUCUGGCCCUCACCUAACCAUCCGCUUUCCACCUCCUGGGCCGAUCAAGUGGAAGAGGAGAUGAGGUGGCGAGAGGUUCGAGCGACACGCCGGAGGGAGAGUCAGGCGACCCGACCAGAUCGCCCUCACCCCCUAUACCUUCUAUACUCCUCACCCCUAGAUGACUGGGACAACGAGGAGACACCCAGCAUCGAAGCCCCAGGGAAGAGGAAGAGACCCACAAGGAGGGGAGGCAGGCAGAAGCGGAUCGAGGCAGCCAUCGCACGCCAAGCCGCAGCCGCCGCAGCCUCAGCGGCCGGUGCAUCAACUGGGCAGAGUGCUCCUACCCUACAGGCAGCACCCCCACAGGUAGCACCCCCUCAGGUAAUGCAACCACCCCCAAAAGUCCCAGCAGGACCUCCACCACCCAUGCCUGAACCUCAGUGGGACAUGCAUUGUGCAGCCCUGAGUAAAGGAAGAGGCAGGGGAAGGCUGCGGUACCGACACAUGGCACACACCAACCGCAGUCCCUCGCCCCUCAGAGGCGAGUGGAGAAUAGUCCCUGCUCUCCAAUCCAAGGACCCUCAGCGUACCUCACGGAGGGCGAAACCCGAGAGACCUCGCCAGGAACCCUCUCAGGCUCGUCGAUCCCCACGUCGACGAUCCCCCGAGAGACCGACCCAGAGAACUCGGCCAACAUCUCCACGACCUCGACGAGAUCCUUCGCCAAGGCGAAGGCAUUCCCCGUCGAGGCGACCUUCCCCCAGGCAAAGACGCUCCUCUGAUCACUCAACUGAGUCAGAGCAGAAGCGCUCACCAAACCCCUCCGCCGAGGCUAUGCUGAGCCUCGUGAAAGCCCUCACUCAGCAGCUGACAGAGAGCUACAUGAGGGAGGACCGACCAUCCAGCUCACCAAGGAGACGACGUUCACCCCCCGGAGGUGCCCGUGACGAUGAGCCUCGAAGGCGACGCUCGAGGGAAGAUCACUACUCCCCCGAUCGACCAGAGAGAGGUGAUGACCACCACGGGGACCGGCGAGGUCACGAGCACCGUCGUCAUGAGGAUGACCAUCGUCAACGCCAAGACUCAUCACGUCGGUCUCCGCCGCGACGAGGACAUGAGUCCUCGAGAAGGCACUAG